GCAGUGUCACUGCUGUCGUAUUGAUCGCCUUACUGGAUGCCGGAUGGUGACUGAGGGAACACCGGCUCACUGCAGUCACUCUUUGCCAGUGUAGUCAGGUGCUAGAAAUGCUUCUUCUCUAUAGGGAAACGUGUCACAGGCUCGGAUAAAGCCAUUCCACUUUAAUAUAGGGACAAGACCCGGGCAUGUCAAUCUGACAGCAUAGUGACUCAUAUUGCUGUUAGACACGGAUAUCAUGCAACCUAGGAUUGUCUUCUUCUUCAGUGGGUAACAGGAGGAGUUGAUUCCACGGAGCGGUGCCAUGUCCCAGCCAAGCCGGAGGUGGUAUGUUGGCUGGCGCUGGCGGGUAAGGACGCCAAUGGAAGCAUGUUGACGCAGCUCACACUAAAAGAUGCGAUCGAUUAGCCAGUCACCAAUCUGCACGGAAGUACAAUAAGUUGCCAACUCUCCAUGGUAGUGAUACCAGCAGUCGUCUCCAGCGCGAGACUCGAGAUGUAAGAAUAUGAUAUUGAAUAGAAGCACUUCGCCAAUGGAUGAGUUUACCAUGUACCCAGAGGGGGACAGUAACGUCACCGCGGUUGUGAACGAAAACCACACAACAAGCCCUUAUCCGGACCCACGUUUAAUCUAUGAGGAAUACGAUAAAUGGGUUGAACUGGCAACAGUCUCCUAUUAUAUUGACCAGCGGUAUUUGUGGUUCAUAUUCGCAUUUGGUUUCCCUGGCAACAUCGCCACCAUCUUCACCAUCCUCCGAGUCGGCCAUGUGGGAACGCCAUCCUUCUAUGUGCUGCUGCUGGCCGUCGUGGACAACCUCGCCAUCGUUGUCAAACUGCUGUAUCAUCAACUAGCAAUGUACAGUGUUCCCAUUGGAGUAUCCGGAUGCAAGACGUUGAAGUUUCUUGGAAGUUUUCUUGUUGCGUUUGCAAACUGGGUGCUCAUCACCCUUGCAGUGGAACGGUUCAUAGCAAUACAUUUCCCGUUCUCUCAAACAUCUACCCGGAAGUUUAAGAUGAAGAAAGCCGUCCUUGUGGUGUCUGUUGAGGCAGGGAUCUUGUUCUGGGUGUUUGCCCCGGUGUUGUGGACCCACUCCUACAUCUACGACUCCUACCUGGACGUCAUGCGGUGUGGUGAACCAGAGGAGUACCGUUACUUCGUGGAAGAGGUCUGGCACUGGAUCGACUCCGUUGUGUAUGCCGUCAUCCCGUGCAUCUCACUCUUCACGCUCAACGUUCUCAUCAUCCGCGACACGACGCACUCACUCAAAACACGGACCCUCCUCACCAACAGCAUCAACUCCAGAAGAGGCAGUAAUUUCAACGUCCAGAUCACGGCAAUGUUGUUGACGGCGUCGAUAGUGUUCGUGCUGCUGACGCUGCCGGUGUGUGUCUACUACGUCGUGAACGUCUACUGGCACGUCUCCCCCUACAGCGUCCAACAGGGAUGGAAGAGCAUAUUCAGGGACAUGGCCUACCUUCUGUGUGAUCUCAGCCAUGCUGUCAACUUCUAUCUAUAUUUCCUAAGUGCCCGGAAAUUCAGACGUAACUUCCUGAAGGUCGUCAUGUGUUCACGUCGUGGAGCCGCCUACCCCAACUCCAACACCGCAACGACAUGUCCCAACAACUACAUAUAGCUUCAUCUGCGGGACGAAAGCACAACGUUAACAUUGCUUAUUUAUUUUGCGAAUUCUUGGCAUGUAUUCUGAACGGAUGAUGUAUUAUUAGCCAUCGCUUUGCAUACGGGACUUUCUUGCGUCAAGCGUUCACUUUUUGAGUUAACAGCCGGAUAGUAUUGCACGGGAAGCAUUUGGUAUUUUAACUUCUUAUUGCGGGAAAAAGUGAAAAGUUUCUUUUUAAUAGCUUAGUUGUGGGUAGGUGUAGCUAAGCCUAGAACUGUGUGAGCUAAGUCGGAUGACCUGAAGUGUGCCUAUAGGGCUUAAUUCAAUUCAUUUCAAGGUAUUGGUUGUGUCUUCUUAUCCCCAAAUGACUGAGGAUGCGGAUCUUGACGCGGAUCGUCGCGAUGCCAAGUUCUCAAUCUGGACGAUUCAGACUGCGGCCUGACAUUUCCACUGGAAGUAUUAUAAACAGAGAUAUUUGUAGA